AUGUCGGUGCUAGUUAACGGUAAUCCUACUAAGGAGUUUAAAGUUUUUAGAGGUUUGAGGCAAGGAGAUCCUCUCUCUCCUUUUAUUUUUGUCUUGGUGACGGAAGGUCUUACGGGGCUUGUUAGAAAGUCAAUUGAAGUGGGAGAAUUUCAAAGUUACUCUAUAAAAGGCGCUUGUAAGGUGGACGUUCUUCAAUUUGCGGAUGACACUCUAAUCGUGGGGGAUGGUAAUUGGAAACAUGUUUGGGCGGUUAGAGCGGUUCUUAGAGCCUUUGAAGUGGUGUCGGGGCUUGGCAUUAAUUACCAUAAAAGUAAGUUGAUUGGUAUUAAUUCUAACUCUCAUUUUUUAGAGGUGGUUUCCCACUUUCUUUCUUGUAAAUUGGAAGAUAGUAGCUUUUAUUUUCUUGGUAUCCCAAUUGGAUUCAGUCCUAGGAAGGAAACUACUUGGCAUCCUUUUUUUCUUAAGUUGAAGAAUCGGUUGGAAGAUUGGACGAAUCGCUGCUUGAAUUUGGGCGAUAGAAUUACUCUUCUCAAGUUCGUGCUUAGUUCGUUGUGUAUUUUUACUAUGUAUCUUUUUAAAGAUGCCGGCAAAGGUGGUGAGAAAAUUUAA